GUGCAGGCAGUCUACAUAGAUAAAACAGGAAACAGGUUUUCUAUAGUUUAUUUUCUCAACGUUUUCACAUUGUUUUACCGAUCUAAAUUGUAUGAUAAGAUUGUUUUAAGUGUAUGUCAAAAAAGAUUGUUUUAAGUGAUUUUAUAUUUGCAUUAAUCUGAAUUGUCCGAUCUACAAUCAACCGCCAUAAUUCAAAACAAUUUGAAAACAGUGUAAAAAACUGCUGUAGCAAAUAUGCAUCCCACAAAACAUAAGUUUUUGUCUUUCAAAUAAGAGUCCACCAACUGAAAGGCACAAAAAUUACUUUAUUUGUUCCAAUUUUUUCUUUCAUUUCAUCAUAUUCACAAUACAUACAUCAGAAAAAUGGCAAGCAUUGCUGUUAGUGGAAGUGGGAUAGUUCAUGAACCACUGACAAAAGACAAUUACGAUAAUUGGAGCUGUCUGGUGAGAAACUAUCUUGUGGGGCAUGGUCUAUGGGAAGUUGUGACUAAUUCUAGUAAUUCAGGUUCUGAUGAUUCUGCAAGAGAAGAAGAUGAGAAAUCGAGGAUGAUGAAUGGAAAGGCUUUGCAUAUUAUUCAAUUGGCAUGUGGAUCUGAGAAUCUUACUCAUAUUAGAGAUUUUCAUACUGCAAAAGAAGCCUGGAAUUAUUUUCACACAUCAUACAACUCAAAAUUGAAAGUCAACUCAGAUUUGGGGCAAGGUGUGUGGGUGGAUGAUAGUCUCCUUGAAUAUAAAUUGCUCCAUAGAUUUAUUGAGAGCGGUGAGUGGAAUGAAGCAAAAGCAUUCAUGAAUAGGGAUGAAACAGCUAUGUUUUCCACAUCUUCUUCAGGGAGGACAAUUCUUCAUAUUGCAGUGAUUGUUGGGCAUGAGGAAAUUGUGAAGAAGUUGAUAAAAGAAGGGAAAGACAAGUUACUGAAAAUGAGAGACAAACGUGGUUACACAGCUUUAGCUCUUGUUGCUGAGUUGACGGGAAAUAUAAAUAUUGCAAAGUGUUUGGUAGAGAAGAAGGGACAUGAGGGCAUUCGACAAGAGUUGUUAUCUAUGAAGAACAAUGAUGGUGAAAUUCCUGUUCUUCUUGCGGCCGCUAAGGGAAACAAAGAGAUGACUGAAUAUCUUUAUGCUAAAACAAGAUUGGAAGACUUGGCUGAUAAAAAUUCCCACAAGACUGUUUUGCUUCUUACACGAUGUAUCAAUGCAGAAAUAUUUGGUGUGGCUCUGAGUCUACUCCAACAAUUCCCGCAUCUACCACUUGCCCACAAAUCCGAAUCUGGAUCUGAAUUGGAUGGUGUGCAACCAUUAUAUGCAUUGGCACGCAUGUCUUCAGUCUUCCCAAGUGGUAGUAGAUAUGGAUUCAUACACCGAUUCAUUUACAAAAUUUUGAUAUUAAGAGAAGUGCAAAACUUGUAUGGAAUAACUGUGAUUGAAAGAGAUGCUGAUCUAGAGAGAAAACAAAAGCAAGCAUCUUUCGCAGGAUGGAUGUGGAAUAUCUUGCACAUGUCGCGAGUACAACUCUUAGGUCAAAUACUUGUAUAUAUUCACAGUUCUUUUCAGAAUAUAGUAAUAUUAAAUCUGCCUGGAAUAAGAGAAAUAUAUAAACAGAAAAUGACACACCAUCUAGUGCUUGAAAUAUUGAAUUGCUUGUACCAAAGAAUUAAAAUAUUCAAGGAAUCCGAGCUGAGAGAAGCUUCAGUGUACGAUGCAAUGUUGCAGGCAGCGAAGUAUGGAGUUAUUGAGUUCAUAGAUACAAUGAGGAAGGCUAACCCUAGCCUCUUAUGGGCUAUUGAUAAAAAUAAAAGAGGCAUAUUUUCACAUGCAAUUUUGAAUCGUAGAAAAGAAGUUUUCCAACUCAUACAUGAUGCAACUGUAAUUGGACCAAAGGAAGUUGUUAGAUGUAGCGUAGAUACAUCUAAUAACUCCCUCUUGCACUUGGCAGCAAAUUUAGGGCCUUCCUCUGAUCAUCGCAGAUCAGGUCCUGCUCUCCAAAUGCAAGGACAAAUUCUAUGGUAUAAGGAAGUGGAGGCAAUAGUGCACCCCAAGUGUAAAGAAGCCAAAAAUACAGAAAAUAAAAAGCCUCGCGAGAUAUUUACCGAAAGCCACAAGGAGCUAGUGAAAGAAGGGGAAAAAUGGGCAAAAGAGACAGCAGGUUCAUUUACACUUGUAGCUACACUCAUCACAACCAUCAUGUUUGCUGCAGCUUUCACCGUCCCUGGUGGAUACAAUGAUAGUGGAGUUCCCAUCUUUUUGGAGGACAAAAUAUUUAAUGUGUUUAUUAUAGCAGAUGCAAUAUCUCUUUUCACUUCUUCAACUGCAGUCCUUCUUUUCAUUGGAAUUCUUACAGCGCGUUAUGCCGAAAAUGAUUUCCUAAAGUCUUUGCCGAUAAAGUUACUUUUCGGGCUCAUUAUGCUCUUUUUCUCUGUGGUGUCCAUGAUGGUUGCUUUCUGUGCUGCACUUGCUAUGCUCUUAAAGGGACAUCAAAGAGUUGCAAUAAUAGCAAUGUCAUUUGCUAGUAUUCCUGUUAUUGUUCUUCUGCCUUCUCAGUUGCAACUCUUCAUUGAGAUUUUCAAUUCCACAUUAUUAUCCAAUUGAAAAUUGGUGUCAUUUCAGUGGUAAAUUGUUGACUUUUUAACUUUAAGGUUAAGGUUGGAGUUCAAAUUCCUUGUGGUAAAGCUGUAAAAUGGUUAUUAACUCUCUAGAGUAUUGUUCUUGGACAUCAAUGUGCUUUAGAAUUCCACAAGUAUGAAGUAUUUGUCACUGGCCAGUUGCAAUACUUUUGGAAAUCUAUUCAAAUAUAUAUUGUGGGGAAAAAGAAUUGUAGAA